CUUCUCGGCUUCUUUCUUCCGCACGUCGUUGCUCCCUGGCGUGGCGAAUAUGGAGUGCUUCGGCAACAGUUUAGCAGUGUUAGUCUUAUUUUUUCGUUCGGGGCUGUGGAUGACCCUGUCUGGAUUCAGCCUCAACUCUGCUUGGAAAGCCGAGGCGUCCGAGGAACUCAGCGUCGUGACGUGUGGCUCAGUGUUAAAGUUGCUCAACAUUCGCCAUAAUGUGCGAUUGCAUUCCCAUGACGUCAGAUACGGGUCGGGCAGUGGUCAGCAGUCUGUUACUGGAGUGACUUCUGUAGAAGACAGUAAUAGCUACUGGAUUGUAAGAGGAAGGAACAAUGGAGUCUGCCAAAGGGGAACUCCUGUAAAAUGUGGUCAGGCAAUCAGACUUACUCAUGUCAACACUGGCCGCAAUCUGCACAGCCAUCACUUCUCCUCACCUCUCUCCUCUAACCAGGAAGUAAGUGCAUUUGGGGAAGAGGGAGAGGGUGACUCUCUGGAUGACUGGAUUAUCAUUUGUGGUGGAACAGAGUGGAAGCGUGAAGAAGCUGUGCGACUGAAACAUGCUGCUACUGAUGGCCUUUUGUCUGUAACAGGAGAACAGUAUGGUCGUCCGAUCAGUGGACAGCGAGAAGUUCAUGCUAUGCUACAAGCGGGCCAGCAUAACUAUUGGAAAGUGAUGGAGGGUGUAUUCAUGAAGCCUGGCAACUCUGAAAUCCAUUCUUCUACUGUAGUACAAUCACACACAGAACUUUAAUCAAGAAAAACUUAAGUGAAAGCAGAACUUUGGAAUUCAGUCAGGUUAUGAACACUUUUUUGUAUCAUAAGUGGUGUCAAACUUUGUUUGAUGCUCAAUUCUAACCUUAUAUAUUCUCUCCUGUUUGGAAUUGCACAUCUAUAUUACUGGUGCUCCUGCAUGACCCUUGAUAUUUUAACAACAAGAACAAGGACUUAAUAUGAAAUACACCCUGAUAUUUAUCCUCUUUCAUUUGUGUGCUGUGAGGAAGGAAUCAAUCAAUAUCAUGUCUUUCUACUAGCCAUAAAGUUCUCUCUCUUGGUGUUCUAAACACAAUACAAAUUAUUCUAUAAAGCUUUCCGACCAAACUGUUUAAGGACAAGUGGUCUGCUAUUACCACUCAGGGAAAAGUACUACAUAGAAGUGUACUGUGGAUCCUUUUGGGUGGUCACAGUCACUAUAGACCUGUCUGGUGAUUUAUCUCCUGACAAAUAUCAUCCAGAAAUUUUAGAGAACAUUCUCCUAGCUGCCUGUUGUCUGGACAUCAUUUUUUAUUAAAUAUGCUCUGAAAAUAAGUGAAAAACAUAAACACAUUGCUAAGACAUUCUCUCCAUGUCAGCCUGCAUUUUUAUGUGGGAACAUCAGUUUUCUUCUAGCAUCCCAGAAGGAGUGUUUUAGGUUGAUUUUAAAUUGAUGGUAUAUGUGAGUGGAUGUGUGUGGGUGGGUGCAGGUCCAGCAAUGUACUGUUCUGGGUUGGUUAAUGCCUUGUGUAUAAUGCUGCUGGAAAUCAUUGGCUCUUCAUGAUCCUGAAUUGUUUUAAGUGGUUUUAAAAAGUUAUGUUAUGGUACAGUACAGUAUGCCCUGAGUCAUGUUCCUGAUGAUAGUCACAUUGCUACUUUUUAUAAAGUGUUGAUUCUGCCCAUCUUGAAGUAAAAUCACAGAGGUUUGUCUAUCUGGUUUAUAUACUUGAAGAUUUCAUUCUGAGCAACUAGAACUUCUAACUUCUAGGAUUUCUAACAGAAAAUGCUAGUUGGGUUAAAUAUAAAACUAUCUGAGUAAGGAGUGCAUAUUUAUUGAAUUUCAACUCUCCUAGUGCAACAGUUGGGCACUAUUGAAGGCAGGCCAUCACCAUAAAUGCAGUUUUCAUUUGCACCAUCAUAUACUGUAGUUUAAAUAAGAAGUUGCUCUGUUUUGAGAUAGAGAGUAAGCUCAUUAUGACAUUUGCAAGGGCUUCCUUCGAUUACCCUAAAACACCUCCACUAAAUGUUCAAUUUUCAAAUUGAUCUAAAGUGCAGUAAGAAUUGAAUUGACUUACUGUGCUAUUAACAGUGUAUUGAAUGCCUGCAUUUCAUUAAAAUGGUUUUAAAUGUCA